GAUGUAAUGAAGUAAAAGAAGAGUAAAGAUGGCGGAGAAUAGCGGCACGGAUCCUGCCGUGGAGACUAACAUUGAGGAAAAUGCCGCCGCUAGCGCGACUAUCAUUAAGGUCACCGUCAAAACGCCGAAGGAUAAAGAAGAAAUAGCCAUCGCUGAGGACUCAUCUGUCGCACAGUUUAAAGAGGAAAUCUCCAAAAGAUUUAAGGCGAAGCAGGACCAGUUGGUUCUGAUUUUUGCCGGUAAGAUCCUGAAGGAUGGAGACACGCUCGGCCAGCAUGGCAUUAAAGACGGACUCACGGUUCACCUGGUUAUCAAAACCGCACAAAAGAGUUCAAGUGGUAGUUCGCAGACCUCUGCUUCUUCUGGCCCUGGACCAUCACAGGGUAACACAGCUGAAACCGCUGACCCCAGCCCAGCCAGCAACCUGGGCACUCCCGAGGGUAGUGGGCCGUCCCCAACCCCGACACAGCCACCCAAUAUACUAGCUGGGUUUGGUGACCUCUCGGGCCUGGGUAACCUUGGGAUGGGAUCUGCCAACUUCAUGGAGCUUCAGCAACAGAUGCAGCGACAGCUCAUGUCCAACCCUGAGAUGCUGUCUCAGAUCAUGGAGAACCCGCUUGUGCAGAGCAUGAUGUCCAACCCUGACCUGAUGAGGCAGAUGAUAGUGGCAAAUCCACAGAUGCAGCAACUAAUGGAGCGCAACCCAGAGAUUUCACACAUGCUUAACAACCCAGAGCUCAUGAGACAGACAAUGGAGUUGGCACGAAACCCAGCCAUGAUGCAAGAGAUGAUGCGUAACCAGGACCGGGCACUUAGCAACCUCGAGAGUAUUCCCGGGGGUUACAAUGCUCUUCGGAGGAUGUACACGGAUAUUCAAGAGCCCAUGUUUAGUGCUGCACGUGAACAGUUUGGAAAUAACCCUUUCUCGGCAUUGGGUGGAAAUACUGAUAACUCCGGAGUACAGCCAUCUAGGACUGAAAACCGAGAGCCACUGCCAAAUCCCUGGGGUCCCCCUGACAGCGCCGCCACCACCACCACCUCUGGGACAGCUAGCACCACCAGCUCCACCACAAGCUCAACCACACCCAGUGUGUCCAACCCUCUGGGCAUCAGCUCCUCUAGCCUUGGAAACGGUAUGUUCAACAGUCCUGGCAUGCAGAGCCUAAUGCAACAGAUCUCUGAGAACCCUCAGCUAAUGCAGAACAUGCUUUCUGCUCCUUAUAUGCGCACCAUGAUGCAGUCACUGUCCCAGAAUCCUGAUAUUGCCUCACAGGUAUUUAUGAACAACCCUCUCUUUGCCGGAAAUCCACAGCUGCAGGAGCAAAUGAGACAGCAGUUACCUGUAUUUCUACAGCAGAUGCAGAACCCAGAAUCCCUUUCUGUCAUGACAAAUCAUCGAGCCAUGCGAGCCCUAAUGCAGAUCCAGGAGGGACUGCAAACCCUUCAAACCGAAGCCCCUGGUCUCAUGCCCAGUCUGAUACCUGGUGGGAUGGCUGCUGGUAUCCCUGGUGCCCCACUGCCCACAGGGGUGAAUGUGACUCCUGAGAACCCUCCGCCCUCAGGCCAGGGCCCCGCCCCGGCCCCCACCCCCGCUGCUGGAACAAACACCGCCCAGCAGCAGCUCAUGCAACAGAUGCUACAGAUGUUUGCUGGAGGGAAUGCAUCGACUCCGACUCCGGAAGUGCGUUUCCAGCAACAGCUGGAGCAGCUGAGUGCCAUGGGCUUCAUCAACGGGGAAGCCAACCUUCAGGCCCUCAUCGCCACCGGGGGCGACAUCAACGCCGCCAUCGAAAGACUGCUCGGCUCUCAGCCUUCCUAAUUCCAUCAACAGAGAGCGUGCGAAGGGAGACAAGAAGCAAACAUAGUCCUCAUCACAUAAAAUCUGACAAGCCCUAUAUAGACAGAAUUCCAAUUACUCUAAUCGUGUUUUUUUUUUUGAUGCUUCAAUCAGUCGAUCUCUGAAUCAACAGCAAUGAGGGUUUCAAAUUGGUUUCUUUGAACAAAAAAAACCCAAACAAAGCAGAAUCGCUGUGUAAUGAUGUCACACUAACCCCCAUCACUAGUAAGACGGGACAAAGCUUACAAUUGCUGAACCAAGUUUAAGUUACCAUUACUUACAAUUAGAACACAUUCACCCGAGGCACUACUCGGUGGUUAGGGGAAUAAAAUCCAUACGCUUGA